CACUCUCACAAGUAAAUAGUAAUGAAUUAUAGGCUUGCAAAUAUAGAUAUGGACAAAUUCAUAUAUAGUUGGCUAUAUAAGUAUUCUAACCAAUUUUUUUUUGCUUAGAUUACUCUAUAUAUGUUCAUGUAUAUCACCAACUAAUUCCACUCAACUUCCAAAGAUCCAUCCUCAAAAUAGAAAAAGAUCAAGUGAUCAUAAAAAUGUCUAGCAUUAUAAUGGGCAUGGCAUUUCCCAACAAGCCAACUAAAAAUGUUCAUAACUUUGCCAAGAUGGGCCUAGCUUCUUGCUCCCUCAAACUCACCUCUGAUUAUCUCGGCACCGAUCAACUCCAAUCGACUCGAAGAUCGGGUAAUUACAAGCCUACGCUUUGGGAUUUCGAACGAAUUCAGUCACUCAACAGUGUAUUUACAGAAGACAAGUACAGCACAAGGGCAUCUGAGCUGGUUGUGCAAGUGAAGAAGUUGUUGGGUGAAGAAUCCAAUUGGUUUAUGCAGUUGGAGUUGAUUGAUGACCUCCAAAAACUAGGAAUAUGUUAUCAUUUCAACCACCAAAUCAACCAAGUCUUGAAUCAUAUCUAUUUGGAGCAAAAAUAUUGCAACAACUCCGAAAGGGAUCUGAGCUCAACAGCUCUUGCCUUCAGACUUCUCAGACAACAUGGUUUUAGAGUUUCUCAAGAGGUGUUUGAUGAUUUCAAGAACGACGAGGGCGAGUUCAAACCGAGCCUUGGUGAGGAUACAGAAGGACUGCAGCAACUGUAUGAAGCUUCAUUCCUCUUAACGGAAGGUGAUAUGAGUCUUGAGCAAGCGAGAGUGUUUUCCACAAAUCUUCUGCAGAAAAAACUUGAUCACGGCGAAAUAAUGGAUGAGUAUCUCUCGUCGUUAGUUCGCCAUUCGCUUGAUCUUCCUCUUCAUUGGAGCGUUCAGAGGCCGAACGCGAGAUGGUUCGUCGACGCCUACACCAAGAGAUCAGAUGUGAAUCCCAUUCUUCUCGAGCUUGCCAAAUUGGAUUUCAAUAUUGUUCAAGCAUCAUAUCACCAAGAACUUAAAGUUGUCUCCAGAUGGUGGAAGGAAUCGGAGCUGGCCGAGAAACUGCCGUUUGCGCGAGAUAGGGUGGUGGAGAACUACAUAUGGAACGUGGGCUUGCUGUUCGAACCUCAAUAUGGAUAUCCAAGAAUCAUGACCACCAAGCUUUUCAUUUUGAUAACAGUGAUUGAUGAUAUUUUUGAUGUCUAUGGCACCUUGGAAGAAACACAACUUUUCAACGAAGCCAUUCUAAGAUGGGAUGUUGAAUUAUUAGAUCAACUCCCAAACUAUAUGCAGAUUUGUUAUCUGGCGUUGGACAGCUUCAUCAACGAGAUGGCCUACCAUGUUCUCAAGGAACAAGGCAUUCUCAUCAUUCAAGAUUUAAGAAAAUUUUGGGCAGAUUUAUGUGCAGCAUAUGCAAAAGAGGCAGAGUGGUACCACACUGGUUAUAAGCCAACAAUGGAAGAAUACAUCGACGUCGCAUGGCUUUCGAUAUCAGCUCAUUUAAUAUUAGCUCAUGUGUUUUUUCUCAUCUCAAAUCCAAUUGAGAAGGAGGCUGCGGAGAGCCUGCGUAAUUAUGAUGACGUAAUUCGUAAUUCUGCGAUGGUUCUUCGCCUUGCAGACGAUCUUGGAACAUCACCGUUUGAGAUGCAAAGAGGCGAUGUGCCGAAAGCAGUGGAAUGCUACAUGAACGAGACGGGAGCUUCGAUUGAGGCGGCUCGCGAGCAUGUGAUGGGUAUGCUAAGGGAAACAUGGAUGAAGACGAAUGAAGAAAGGUUUAAAGCUUCUCCAUUCUCACAAGAUUUUAUCAGAAGCGCAGCUGAUCUUGGCAGACAGGCGCAGUAUAUGUAUCAACAUGGAGAUGGCCAUGGAAUUUCGAAUCCACAAAUGAAGGAACGCAUCUCAACUUUGAUAUUUCAACCUAUUGUUUAGGAAGGAAUUAUACCUUGAUUGAAUUUGAUACAUAUACAUAUACAUAUAAAACUAUAAAAUAAAUAAUUUUGGUGUUUGAAUGUAAUUUGGAUCUUGUAUUGUAUUUUAAUGUGAUAUCUUCUAUUGUAUUCGUCAAUAUGAAGAGUUUGAGUGGAUCGUGCAUUGACAUGA